GUGAGCGAAGAGGAGGGACGGGAAAAUCACAACAGAGAGCUACUACUGCUUUGACAGCCCUGUGUCUUUUGCCGCUGAAACACUCUUUCUACGGGGAAGGGAGAUGUCACGAAAACCUAAAGAUGAAUACUACCGUUUUUUCACCGUUACCGACCCACGCGCACACGAGAAGGGACACACCGAGUACAAAGUGUCAGCAAGGUUUGUGUCAAAGCGCCAUCCAGAAGAUGUGAAGGAGGUGGUCGUGUGGAGGAGGUUCUCAGAGCUGAAGAAGCUCCACGGGGAGCUGGCCUACACUCACAGGAACCUGUUCAGAAAAGAGGAAGAGUUCCCAUCGUUUCCCCGCGCACAAGUCUUUGGAAGGUUUGAUGAAGCUGUGAUAGAGGAGAGGAGAAAAGCUACAGAGGCCAUGCUCCUAUUUACUACCAGCAUACCUGCACUCUACAACAGCCCACAGCUCAAGGACUUCUUCAGAGGUGGUGAGGUUACGAGGCCUCUGGAUGCCCCCCCUCUGUCCACUGCCGGGCCUCUGCCUCCCCCUCUCAUCCCCCUCCCCAAGCGGAGGGCCUCAGACUGUGAACCUGCAGAGGAGGAGGAGGGGAGGGAGGCUCCCACCUUACCCCAGGACCUGGGCACCAACCUGAGCUUAGAGGAGGGAGAACCAGAGGUGGCCGCUGAGGCUUACAGCGAGAUGGGGGGCUCUCCGAGAGAAGAGCCAGAACCAGAACCAGAACAAGAGGAGCUCAGCGACACGGAGCUGGAUGACAUAAUUCCAUUUCCCGACCCAUGCCAAGAUGAAAUCCCCCUAUCACCAGAGUCCCAGGAAGAGUUUGACUCCCUGUUUGAUUCUGUGGCAGAAGAUCUAGCCUCAUCCCCAAAAGAGGAAGGGCCUCCUCCUCUGACUGAUAAUGACUUGGCUGUCUUUGACCCCUGCUAUAAACAAGAUAAAUCCAAUUCCUGCUCUGACUACUCAGACUUAUUCUCCCUGCCACCAACCAGUCUGGAUGGAGGGGACGUGGGUUACCUAAACCAAGCUGCCACUGAGCUAACAGCUGCGAUGGAGCUGGAGAAGGAGGGAGAGUUCAGUUCUGCCAUCCGCAGGUACAGGACGGCCGUGGACAUACUAAUCACUGGAGUAAAAGGAGACCCCGAUCCAAUCCGCAGAGAGUCCGUGAUGAGAAGGACAGCUCAGUACCUGAAGCACACGGAGAUGUUGGUGGACAGGCAUUCCUCGCCUUCAAACACUCUCACACACACACAGGACUCUUAGAAGCACACACACCUUUUGAUAUAAUCUGUUCACACACAUGAGAAUGGAAGAGUAAACCUACCAUAGUAAACAUUUCACGAAUGAAUCAAUGGAAGUAAAAGCCUUAAUCAUCAAAUAAAUAUGCAGGUUAUUUAAAUGAUCAUACAGUUUAUGCACAGAAAAAUAAACAAAUUAAAUAUAUUAAUUUGAAAACAUAAGGAUAAGUAAAGAGAGGAAUAAGUAAAAACUCAAAACAAUUUCAACUAACAAGAAUAAAUUAGCAAAUUAUUGAAAUUGGUAAAAAACAAAUACAUUAUAUGUAUUUCUUCCAUUUCUGUGCACAUUUGGUUGUAUAUUCAAAUGAAUCUGCACAAUUACCGACUCCUUAAGGCUUUUAUUUCUACAUUAUUUUUCAAAUGUAAUUAUUUAUUAGGUAAUUUAUUGAUUCACGUACUUAUAUAAUGGUAGCCUUAGUUCUCCAUACAUAAAGACAGAUCAAAGACAGAGAAGCUCAGGGUUGUGAUAUCCAUACGCACACAUACAUGUCACACACAUACAUGAAGACACACACUCUUGAGGUACACACUACACUGCAGACUACUUUAGCUGCCUCUGUGUAGUGCAUAAUCCGUUAAAUGUAAAAGCUACAUUUAAAAUAACAUGAACAUAUUACUUUAAAGAAUUAAUAGAUGCAAUCUGUGAUCUCUCUUUGUCUUGUUUGAUUCCUACCUUUCCUUCUCAAUGCUUUCUUGUUGAAUACGAUUAUAUGUGUAUAUCAGUCAUUUGCAUUUUGCACAAACAAUGUUUUUGUUAAUAAAAAUGAGUCAAUAAGAAAUCUGUUUUUUGGUUGAAGGUGAGGCGGAGCAGGUAACAGUGUUUGGUAAGACUAACUGCUGCAUGUUCAAUUACACAAUAAGAUGGCAGUGUUGGACAUUAACUACGUACUGUACUAGUGUUUUACUUCUAUUCUAUUUUAUACAUCUACUUCACUAUAUUUAGAGUUGCAUAUUGUACUGUUUUGUCCACUACAUUUAUGUGCAACUUGUGUGUAUCUUAAAGUACAUUGAACUAAGUAAUCAAUCUGUAUACUUCUUUAACCACAGGGCCAAAUGAGUGUAAUAUGUCCAGUAUAUUUGAGUAGGUCUAAACUCAUUUAUAAAUGUCAGAAUCACUUACCCAACACCAACAAUAAAUGCACAUGCUUUAUUUUGAUAACUCAUUUAAAUAACUAUGCAAUUGAAUGUAAGAUUUCCAUUUACAAAGGUCUAGAAAAACGUACAAUUGCAAGUAGUCACUGACUGAAAAGUAUUUUAUAGUCUGUGAAUGUUACGAGGUUUAUUAAACAGUGAUUGC